AUGACGUACGACCCCGACUCACCGAAAAUCAAGGUUGCACUGGGGCCGAUAAAGCAUGCAACCGUCCGGAUCUCAUUGCACGAGUGUUUGAAGCCAAGCCCGGCAACAAGCGACAUGCAGGCUGUUUCGGCGAUGAAUGUAAGAUGAUAGAUUUUGUUUCUUUGCUGUACUUCGUAUUGUGUUUUCUUAACCUCUGCGCUGAUAUCAUGUAGACUGUUCGAUUAUCCUGCUAUUUUUUGAAUUUCAUCCUCCCGUUAAUUUAA